AUGCUCAUGCUACGACGAGCCCCUUUCCGCCUUAUUCGCGCGUCGUCGACGCGUCCUUACCACGCAACACCUUCCUGCGCUGCCAAACUCACCAUUGGCAUUCGCCGCGAGGACCCACAGAGGAUAUGGGAGCGACGAUGCCCUUUGACGCCGGACGCGGUCAAUAGACUGGUAGAGCAGGAUGACGUCGACGUCCUUAUACAGGAAUGCGACAGAAGAGUCUGGUCUACUGGCGAGUUCGUGAAGGCAGGUGCAAAGAUACAUCCAACGCUCGCACCAGCCCACAUCAUUAUGGGUAUUAAGGAGACACCACUGUCAGAGGUUCUGAACAGCCCUGUCCCUGCGCCUGGAGACACGGCCCAUACGCCACUUGUCCCUCGCACUCAUCUCAUGUUCUCUCAUACGAUUAAGGGGCAAUUGUACAACAUGGAGCUCCUGUCCAAAUACUUGUCGCGAUCCACAUACGCACCUGGUGGGACCAGUGUGAACGAGCCUGGCUUGUUGUCGCGGCUUAUUGACUAUGAAUUACUUACGGGAGAAGAUGGGAAGAGAACCGUGGGUUUUGGUUGGUUUGCAGGAGUCGCUGGCGCCCUUGAGUCUUUGAACGCCAUGGCUCAUGCGCACCUUGAACUAGGCGUUGCGAGUCCCUUCUUGUACACGCCUCGACCCCAUAGUCAUCCUACUUUGGAUUCUAUUCGUAGACUGCUGAGAGAGGAGGUGGGUGCACGCAUUGCAUCACAAGGUUCACCCGAAAUUUUGGGCCCCAUCAUAUUUGGUGUCACCGGCACGGGCAAGGUCGCUGAGGGUGUUCUCGAUAUUCUACAAGAACUACCUAUUGAGAAGGUCAAUGUGGCUGACCUGCCGGCUCUGGUCAACAAUCCCGACACUGACUUGCGGAAGAUCUACGUCCUCCAUGCAUUACCAGAAGACUACUUUGCCCGUAAUGAUGGCCAGCCCUACACCCGCUCGGAUUACUAUGCCAACCCGUCAGACUACAAGUCCGAAUUCCACACUAAAGUUGCACCUUACCUGUCACUUUUACUACAUGGUGCAGGCUGGGCGCCGUCGUUCCCGCGCCUGAUGACGAAUGACCAGCUACCUAUUGUCCUUGAGAAAGCUCGACAAAUAGGCAAAGGUCGCUUUGCCUGUGUUGGCGACAUAAGCUGUGACCUGGAGGGUGGGCUCGAGUUUCUCUCCCGUCAUUCUACACUAUCUGCUCCUUUCUACUCUCACCGCCCGAGCACCCUUCCAGCACACCUCCCGCCUGUCACCAUUAUGGCAGUCGACAUUCUUCCGACUGCAUUGCCGCUCGAGGCGUCUCAGCACUUUUGCAACGUUCUGACGCCAUAUCUCCGCACGAUCAUCAGCGGCUACCGUGAAGGUAGUUCUAUCACCGAAGUCGAAGAGGUCAAGCGUAUAGAAGCGCUGGACAGGGCGACCGUAGCUCGCGGCGGGACGUUAACAGAGAACUUCCACUGGCUGGAGAAGCCGCUUGGAAUUUGGAGCUCGACCAGGGAUGCAGUCAAUCCGGAGCAGAUUUCGCCGAGCGCAUCUGAAGGAUCGAGCAAGGUGAAUAAAUCAAGUGCUACAUUGCAACCGAAGAAGAAAGUAUUGUUGCUUGGGAGCGGCAUGGUUGCUGGGCCUGCCAUCGAGGAGAUAUGCAAAAGAGUAGACAUCCAGCUCAUCGUGGCCAGUAACAAUCUAGUGGAUGCUGAAGAGAAGACAAAGGCUUUCGCGAACGCUUCAGCGCUCCCAGUGGACAUGGGCGAUUUACACAAAGUUGGCUGUCUAGUCGCAGAGGCGGAUGUUGUCAUCAGUUUGCUACCUGCACCUCUACAUCCGUCAGUUGCGAACCUCUGUAUCAAGCACCGCAAGCACCUAAUCACGACCUCCUACAUAGCACCCGCCAUGAAAGCCUUGCAUGCUGCUGCGGUUUCUGCUGAUGUUCUGCUCUUGAAUGAGAUUGGCCUCGAUCCCGGUAUCGACCACUGCUCUGCGGUCUCGCUCCUUGACAGACUACGUGCUGAAGGGAACGAGAUUUUGUCUUUCACGUCAUUCUGCGGCGGUCUUCCUGCUCCAGAAUGCGCGGAGGAUGCUCCGCUUGGGUACAAGUUUAGCUGGAGUCCUAGAGGGGUGUUAUCGGCCGUCUUGAAUGAUGCACAUUUUCUUGUGCAAGGCCGGGAGUUUAACCUUCCGGGUAGCGGUCUAUUACAGGCACAUAUUCCAAACAUACCUGUCUCGAAGGUAUUACAGUUCGAAGGCCUGGCGAACCGCGACAGUUUGCCAUAUGCUGCUUUAUACGGGCUGCAAGUCCCCGAUCAAGUGCGCACCGUCUUCCGUGGAACGUUACGGUAUCCAGGUUUCUCGAAGUUGAUGGCCGGCUUUAUUAAAAUAGGUCUCCUUGAGACCAUGCCUUCAGUCCAUCUCGACGACUGGAGCUCGCUUACUCGCAAGGCGCUGGAGGAACGACUUGGCGAACUAGUUAUGGACGAUGAGGCCUCCAUCCUGUCAGCUGUCAGGGACGCUACUGGUUUGGAUGAUGUCGCCGAACUCAUUGAUGCCCUCCGCUGGCUUUCUAUCAUGCCUAGAAAACUAGCUGAGGUCAGCUCAAACGUGCUCGAUCGGCCGUCGGCUUCGCUCCCACCAGUGCCAAGUCGACCUAUGCCUCCCAUUGACCUCUUUGCUUUGCUGCUGGCACACAAACUUCGCUACCAGCCUACUGAGCGCGAUCUCGUUGUGUUGCAUCACGAGAUUGUCGCCCAACCAAAACCAACUGGCCGAACGUCCAGCCCUCAGCUUACAACUACCUACACAUCGUCACUGAUUUCUUACGGAACGCCUGAAACAUCUGCAAUGGCCCGAUGUGUUGGCCUUCCGGUUGCGUUCGCGGCGCUGCAGGUCUUAGAUGGUACCGUCAACCUCAGAGGUGUGCAUGGUCCAACGGACAAGGCAGUCUAUGGGACUGUGUUGGCCAAACUGGAAGGUGUCGGACUAGGGAUGAAGGAGAGUUCUCGAACGGGUCUCGGGCUCGUAGAGGAAACAUUGCACGCUCACUUUGGGCGUCGCGACACUAUGGGCCUCGGAUAUUUUUGA